GAACAAUCGGCCAUUUCGUCGGUGCAGGCCAUCAAGUUAGAGGGCAGCGGGGGCUUAUUGAGUUUACUGGUCACCUGAAAGGCACAUCAAGAACAUGUCGAUGAACGAGACCGCGAUCUCCUUCGCCAAGGACUUCUUGGCCGGCGGCAUCUCCGCUGCCAUCUCCAAGACAGCUGUCGCCCCUAUCGAGAGAGUGAAGCUUCUCCUUCAGGUCCAGCAUGCCAGCAAGCAGAUUACGGUUGACAUGCAGUACAAGGGUAUCAUGGACUGCGUCACCCGUAUCCCCAAGGAGCAGGGAUUCCUUUCCUUCUGGAGAGGUAACCUUGCCAAUGUCAUCAGAUAUUUCCCCACCCAGGCCCUCAACUUCGCCUUCAAGGACAAGUACAAGAAGAUCUUCCUUGAUGGCGUCGACAAGCGCGCCCAGUUCUGGAGGUACUUCGCCGGUAACCUGGCCUCGGGUGGUGCCGCUGGAGCGACCUCCCUGUGUUUCGUGUACCCCCUCGACUUCGCCCGUACCCGUCUCGCUGCUGAUGUGGGAAAGGCCGGCGCCGGCAGAGAGUUCAACGGUCUGGGCGACUGCCUGGUGAAGAUCUUCAGGUCUGAUGGUCUGAAAGGCUUGUACCAGGGCUUCAACGUGUCUGUGCAGGGCAUCAUCAUCUACAGGGCUGCAUACUUUGGCAUCUAUGACACAGCUAAGGGUAUGCUUCCUGACGCCAAGAACACAUCCAUUUUGGUUAGCUGGAUGAUUGCUCAGUCUGUGACAGCUGUUGCUGGACUGACCUCCUAUCCCUUCGACACUGUCCGUAGACGUAUGAUGAUGCAGUCUGGACGUAAAGGAGCUGACAUCAUGUACAGCGGAACCAUUGACUGCUGGCGUAAGAUCGCACGUGAUGAGGGCGGCAAGGCUUUCUUCAAGGGAGCCUGGUCCAACGUGCUCAGAGGCAUGGGCGGCGCCUUUGUGCUGGUGCUGUACGAUGAGCUGAAGAAAGUCAUGUAAAUUCUUCAUGUUGUCACAUCACUGUCCAAUUUGGCUAAAUGUAAUAACUUUCCAUUUCUAUGGACUCAGCAUUCUGCCUUAUUUAUGGGAACAAACUAUAGUGUCUCACCACUAGCUGUGGGCGAUGGCUGUAUGUUGUGCAUCUUUUAUGAUUUUAAGCGUUCCACGUUCUUUACCAAUGUCAUUCCUGUUAGAGAACUGAUACCUCCUCCUGUCAUUCACUAGGUUUGUAUGGUCCCAUGUUAAAAUAAAUUUAUUCUGGGGAACAAACUGAA